GGAUGUGGUUAAAAAACUGCCAGGAAGUAACGCCUUUUUCCAAGUUUUAUACACUUUUCUAAAAUAAGUUCCUGCAGUCGAAUGCAGUAGUUCGCGGUAUUACGUUCGUCUAAUCAUUUUAAAUUUCAAAUUAUCAUGGAAAAUUUCUCCGAUCCUUCUGAAGAACGUGAAAUAUCAAGUGAUACUAAUAAUACAAUAAAAAAUAAAGAAAACUCUUUAAGACUUCGAUUAGUCCGAGUUUUUAGUAUUGGAGCUUUGAAAAGUCCGAAAAGUCCGGUAAGCGUUUCGAGUUCCCAAAGUACAAGUCCUGGUGGCAAUAGUCCGUGUGCCAAGUCUAGAUAUUCCUGGCAGUUACCUUUAUCUAAUAAAGAGUGUCAUACACCGUCUUCAACGGAUAGUGGUGUUUCAUUUUCAUCUUCAAAAUCAAUGCCAAGUACCGCGAAUUCUCCAAGCAGCGCGUUCAACCCUCAAAGUCCUUGUUCUUCAAAGUGGUACGUCAGCGAAAAAUGAAGCAAUCUAUAUGAACAUCAGGCGUAAAAACGGAUAAAUAAAUAGCUACUUUGAAGAUACAUUCAAGCGAACGCACAUCGGUAGAGAAGCGCGAAUGGGUCGAUGCAGCGCCGGCGCUACAGGACGGAACCACCAAGACGAGCAUCCCCACCAUUUUCUCUUCAUCGUCGAAACGAUCGCGUCGACGUGUAGCCACUUCUCCAUCCAGCGUUCAAAACAGAGCGAGAAGAAAAGAGCCUCCUCUAUUUCUCUAUCCCUUGUUCUCUUUCUGCCUCGCUUCUAGUCUGUCACUUGUCGCACGAAUGCACCUCGUCGUCGUGCUCCGCAGAACACUGUACGAAGCGCUUCGAACCAGUGUACAUCGGUUUGCAGCAAAGUAAAGUUGUCUCGUAAUUGCCUCCUCGCGAGGAAUUAGGAAUUGAAUAAAAUUGACACAG